CGUGAAACAACGAAGCGGCCAUCCCUUCUUCUCCGAGAGAGUAAUACUCUAAACCUCACUUGAAUGGUGCCUCUCCUCCGUCAAACCGGCAACGGAAAAUCUUCGGAAGAUUUAUACCACAAGCUUCGCAGAUGAAUUUCAACACAGUUUUUCAAUCUCUCACGGAGCUAUUUCCACAGAUUGAUGCAAGGAUAUUAAGAACCGUUGCAAGGGAGCACCCAACGGAUGCUGAUGAAGCUGCGGCUGUUGUUAUCUCGGAGGUUGUUCCUUUGUUUCCCCAAGAAUGGGAAGAUCAUGUUCGGAAAAGGAUACUCCAUCAUCUUCCUCUCUGCAAAGUAGAGCCUGAAACGCAACGUGACGACGACGCUCUGUCUCAAUGGCUUCAUCCAUCUCACCUUCCACAGAGUUACCUUGCUUUGCUCAACGAUGAAGAAGAAGAGGAAGAAAAAGCAACACCUGAUUUAAAACCUCUUCUCGAUUACGCUGUGAAGAAAGUGGUUCUUCCGAGUCGUGAUGCAGCCACUGGUGCACGAAGAGAAGUCCGAACCAUAUACUCAGCCUCUAACAAAACUGCUUCUUCCGUGGUCAAACCUUCUAUCCGUGUACAAAGCCAAACAAACAAUGAACAACUCUCUGGAAGUAGCAACAAGGUUCCUGUGGCUGGACGUUCCUCACGCAAGGCGGCGCACCCAUGGUCCAACUACUCUGAGAAGCUGAGAAGUUGGAAAAAACGAAGCAGUGACUUCUCACAGCUCCAUGGCCAAUGCAAAUAUGUACCCUCUUGGCAAUCUAACCAACGCAAGUGCAAAAGUUACACCACUGAGCGUGAGCGCAAGCAGCGAAUUGAUGACAACAUCAAGGCAUUAGCGAAGCUGCUCCCGCAUGAAGUCAAGGAAGAUAGCUCUGAAGUGAUACUGAAUGAAAUUGUUGAUCAUGUGAAGCUUCUUCAGCUAGAGAUGAAGGAACUAAGUCUAAACAGGUUGGGAGGAGAACCAAUUUCUCAUCCAAUGACGUUCAUUGAGGGAUUUGGUCACUACAUCCAUCACGAGGAGAUGAUGACAAAGCCUCUGGAGGAAAUGAUGGAAGAUCUGCUCGCAAAUGAUCCUGAUGCUGUGGCUCGCUUGUUGGAGAGCAAAGGCCUUUACUUGAUGCCUUUGUCCUCAGUCCAAGACUUGUGCUGAAUCAAAGCACAUUAAAGAUGGUUAUGAUAUAGUUUUAGAAAGUUUGUUGAAUAGAUGGUAGUUUUCUCAACAUGCUCAGUUUAAUACAUAUUGUUUACGUACGUUUAUAUCACUGUUAUUGAGAUCCCGCAGCGAAAUCAAGAAUCAACUCUCAAAUCGAACAAAAACAUCCAAUCAUCUAUGUUCGAGUUCUCACGUCUUCUGAAUUAUGAUCUUACGUACUAAACCCAUAUAAUUUUUCCUUAAUGCUAUUACUGGUUUGGUUUGGUUCGGUUUUGUUGUUCAAUUUUAGUCUAAAUAAUGCAAGGAGAUUUUAUCGAAAGUAGUACGAUGGGCCGUGAUCUCGACAUGAACCAAUGAACCAUGUGACAGCUAGCUAAUAGCUUCAGACAAGUCCUUUUCCAGCUUUCCGCCCAAAAUCAUUUUUUUUUCUCUUAAUAUAAUUUUCUUUUGAAAAAACAGUCUUCAGAGUUUUCUGGUGUAAUUAUGAUUUAUGAUGUGUAUAAUAUAUACGCUCUCUUUUAUAAGAAACACACAGCUAAAUCCAUUACUACGAAUAUGCUGUAACUUUGUCACGAAGGUAAAUGAUCAACUAGCAAUUAAAUAACAAAAUUAAUAACUUCGGCCUUUGUUUCUUCACGCUGAAGUUAGCAAACUUUUAUAAACACAUCAAUUUUCUACGUUCAGACACAACACUCGGAGCUGUGAUCCUCUGUCUGAAGGAUGGUGAAAAAUCAGCCGUUUAUGAUGGUGGUUACUUGAGAAGCCGGAGAGUCUCCGGUUGGUUGUUGCCGGAGCUAUAUUCCAGUAACAUUGCUCUUUCAUCCUCUGCUUCCAGAAACUCGUUCUCCUUCCCUAUCUGUAAGAAAUUUAUUUAUUUCUGCUAAUAGAGAUACUAAAUAUUAACAAAAACCCUAAAUCUUAAAAUCAUGGAUUCUUGGUUCUUUUUCCCCUUUAAAUAUCCAUAUGGCCAUCAUCAGUGUCCUUUAUCUGUUACAAACUUCCUCACGUGUCUUUUCUACUGCUUCAAAAUAUUAUCAAGAAAAUAUUGAGCUUUUUUUUUUUAUAAAUAUUUAUAUAUGCAAGUGUUAUCUGUUUAA